AUGCAGCAAUGUCCUAGUAGUGAAUUAGAAAUAGUCGUAAGCGAUCUUGAUCCGACUGUUACUGAAUCUGACCUUUACAAGCAAGCCUCACAAUAUGGUCAAGUUUCACAUAUCAGAGUUCUCAGACAUGCCGGCACAAAAUUGUCUCGUGAAGUUGCAUUUAUCAAAUUUCUUGAUGCUGCUUCUGCGAUCCUAGCAAGAAACGAGAUGAAUGGGCUGCUCUUCAAAGGCAAAGUCAUUAGAGCGAUGAGAUUUGAUAAAGAGCGUGACCCUGAAGCUAAUAUUUUUGUAAAAAAUAUAAACGAAAAUGUUACCUAUAAAGAGCUUGAAAAUCACUUUAAGGAUUAUGGUGGCAUUUUGUCUUGUAAGAUCAGCUAUGAUGAAAAUGGAAUUUCUAAGAAAUUCGGCUUCAUUCAGUAUGAUGAGCGUGAAGCGGCUGAAGCAGCAAUUGCUUAUGGAAAUGGAUCAUUACUGAGAGGAAGCGAAUUGGAAGUUAGCAAGUAUAUUCCAGCCAGCAGCAGAAUAAUCUCUGAGGAUGAAGUCCUUUAUGUAAGAGGUUUUGGUGCUGAUAUGACAACUGAGCAACUCCAUGCCAUUUUUUCACCAUUCGGCAUAAUCACUCAUCACGAGAUUCUGUUCAAGAAGCAAGAAGAUGGCACUAAGAGAUACUUUGGUAUUGUCUGCUUUGCCAAUCAAGAAGACGCCUCAAACGCUAUGCAAGCCUUAAAUGGAAAAUCUGACAACGGAUUUAUCUGGUACAUUGCAGUUCACAUGAACAAGAAAAAGCGUUUAGCGCUGCUGAGACAAGAAAAUGAGCAAAAGAAAGAAGACUGGAAACAAAGAAAUAUCUAUAUAAGAGGUCUUCCACUUGACAUUGCUGAAGAAGAGCUGAGAAAAUUUUUUCCUAGAAUUCGGAGAAAUCGAAUCUAUAAACAUUCCAAAAGUUGAAAGACUAAGCUACCAAAACAAUGAAAUAAUCAGAGAAUUCACUGUAAAAGGCGUCGCCUAUAUUCUUUUCGUCAAACCUGAGAGCGCUAUAAGAGCUGUUCAAGAGAUGAGGAAUAA